CGGGCUGUUCCUAUAGAGACCAGACCGGGAGUUCCUAUGGGGCAUUGUGUACAGCCAAUCACUGAGCAGGAGAACAGUCUGAUGGGAGCUCAGAGGAGACACCUCAUUGGCUGUGGUGAGGGCCCUUCCUGAGGGGCCCCCGGGGGGUCCUCACCAAUCAUCAGGCUGAGGGCCACCCCACAAUGUCACCUGAUCCCUCACUGCUCAUUGUUUAUCUCUUCCAGGAGCCCCACACUGGGAGGAUGACUGAAGGAGUCCUAUAACCCGAGAGCGCAGAGCCGCAAACAUGGCCGCCGAGAGUGUGAAGGUGGUGGUGAGAUGCCGGCCAAUGAACGACCGGGAGAAGGACAUGAAGUGCCGGUCUGUGGUCACCAUGGAGAGCAGCCGCGGUCAGUGCUUCAUCCGCAAACCGGAGGCGGGGGAGGAGACCCCCAAACAGUUCACCUUCGACGGGGCGUACAACACCGAGCAUUGCACCGAACAAAUCUACAACGAGAUCGCCUACCCCCUGGUGGAGGGAGUCACAGAAGGGUACAAUGGCACCAUCUUUGCCUAUGGACAGACCGGCAGUGGGAAAUCCUUCAGCAUGCAGGGGAUCCAGGACCCUCCGUCGCAGAGGGGGAUCAUUCCCCGGGCGUUCGAACAUAUCUUUGAGAGCAUUCAGUGUGCCGAAAACACCAAGUUCUUAGUGCGAGCCUCGUACCUGGAGAUCUACAACGAGGAGAUCCGGGAUCUACUGGGAGAGGACACCAAGCAGAAGCUGGAGCUGAAGGAACACCCGGAUAGGGGCGUGUAUGUGAGGGUCCUCUCCCUGCACACCGUGCACAGCACAGCCGAGUGUGAGAAGAUCAUGGAGACCGGCUGGAGGAAUCGUUCGGUUGGAUACACCUUGAUGAAUAAAGACUCCUCCCGGUCACACUCCAUUUUCACCAUCAAUAUAGAAAUGUGCAAUACAGAUGAGAACGGCGAGGAUCACCUACGAGCGGGAAAGCUAAAUCUGGUGGAUCUGGCGGGGAGCGAGAGACAGUCCAAAACCGGAGCCACCGGAGAGCGGCUGAAGGAGGCCACCAAAAUCAACCUGUCCCUCUCCGCCCUGGGCAACGUCAUCUCCGCCCUGGUGGAUGGGAAGUCCACACACAUCCCCUACAGGGACUCCAAGCUGACCCGCCUUCUGCAGGACUCUCUCGGGGGGAACACAAAGACCCUGAUGGUGGCUUGCCUGUCUCCCGCCGACAACAAUUACGACGAGACCCUCAGCACGCUGCGCUACGCCAACCGCGCCAAAAACAUCAAGAACAAACCGCGCAUCAAUGAGGACCCCAAAGACGCCCUGCUGAGGGAGUACCAGGAGGAGAUCAAGAAGUUAAAGACCAUGCUGACCCACCAAUUCGACAUCAAAGACGUAACCCCAGUUGAGAAGCCGCCGGUGAAGGCAGAAGUCAACGGACAUGAAGUGGACGUGGAGGCCGAAAAACAGCAGAUCCGCCAGGAGUACGAGGAGAGGUUCGCUCGGUUGAAGGCGGAAUACGAGGCGGAGCAGAAGUCUCGGGCGAGGUUGGAGGAAGAUAUCUGUAACCUGCGGACUUCCUAUGACCAGCAGUUGGCCAGCAUGGGGGAAGAUCUGAGAAAGAGAACAGGGGGCGGCGUGACUGGAGGAGGACCCAUAGCGGAGGAUCCACCAAUCCAGGUAGAGGCGGCGCCGGCACAGGUGGCGGUACAUCUGCGCAGUGUGAAGAGGGAGGAACUCACCGCAGACUCCGCCUCCAACAUGCUGCUACCCCCGGAGGACGCCGGCCGUUCGGUCAGCCCCCAGGAAGUGCUCGCCAGGCUGCAGAUGCUGGAGCAGCAGGUGGUGGGAGGAGAACAGGCCAAAAACAAAGACCUGAAGGAGAAGCAUAAACGGCGGAAGAGAUACGCGGACGAGCGCAAGAAGGAGCUGAUCGAGGCGCUGCAGAACAUAGACGAGGAGAGCGGGGACCGCGUGCUACUCAAUGUCUACGAGUCCAUCCAGGAGGAGCUGCAAGCCAAGAGCAAACACCUCGAGAAGCUGCAGAAAAAGUUAAAAGCUGCGGAUGUUGAAAUUGAAGACCUCCACUCGGAAUUUGAGCGGGACCGAGACGAUUACCUGGUGACCAUCCGCCGCCAGGAAAUGGACCUCCUCCUCUUCCAGCAGAUUCUAGACCAGGUCCAGCCCCUGAUCCGCAGAGACUGCAACUACAGCAACCUGGACAGAAUCCGGAGAGAGGCGGCCUGGGACGAGGACAGCGGGACCUGGAGGAUCCCAGAGCUUGUCCUACAGAAGACCAGCCUCCCUACAGCUCCGGGUCUCCCAUCAGCUAAAGCCAAGAAGAUGCCGUCCCCCGAGAAUGGAGAGCACCCGCUGGGGGAAGAUCGCUACAAAGCCAUGCUCAGCCGGAGCGACAGUGAAAACCUGGCCAGCAAUUACUUCCGAUCCAAGAGAGCCAACCAGAUCCUGAGUGCAGACCCCAUGAGGAGCCUGGGCCUGCACAGCUCAUCUCCGGCAUUUACCACCCCCCUCAACACAUCUCCAUCCAUCCUGACGUCCAGCCGAAUUUCUGUGUCCCCCGUGCAGUCCAUGGAUGCACCUUUACCGCGGCCAUUCAGGCUGGAAUCCCUGGAGAUUCCGGCACCUUCUGCCAAGACCAAACGGAAGAAGAGCAAGAACCACAACACCGAGCUUUACUGAACCCUCCCAGGGGGCCUGAUGUCAUGGAAGGGCCCUCAAUGUGAUGCCACGGGCCCUCAAUGUGAUGCCACGGGCCCUCAAUGUGAUGCCACAGGCUCCACUAUGGGGAGGGGGCCCUCAAUGUGAUGCCACAGGCUCCACUAUGGGGAGGGGGCCCUCAAUGUGAUGCCACAGGCUCCACUAUGGGGAGGGGGCCCUCAAUGUGAUACCACAAGCACCACUAUGGGGAGGGGGCUCUCAAUGUGAUACCACAGGCACCACUAUGGGGAGGGGGCCCUCAAUGUGAUACCACAGGCACCACUAUGGGGAGGGGUCCCUCAAUGUGAUACCACAGGCACCACUAUAGGGAGGGGGCCCUCAAUGUGAUACCACAGGCACCACUAUGGGGAGGGGGCCCUCAAUGUGAUACCACAGGCACCACUAUGGGGAGGGGUCCCUCAAUGUGAUACCACAGGCACCACUAUAGGGAGGGGGCCCUCAAUGUGAUACCACAGGCUCCACUAUGGGGAGGGGGCCCUCAAUGUGAUACCACAAGCACCACUAUGGGGAGGGGCCCCUCAAUGUGAUACCACAAGCACCACUAUGGGGAGGGGCCCCUCAAUGUGAUACCACAGGCACCACUAUGGGGAGGGGCCCUCAAUGUGAUGCCACAGGCACCACUAUGGGGAGGGGGUCCUCAAUGUGAUGCCACAGGCACCACUAUGGGGAGGGGGCCCUCAAUGUGAUACCACAGGCACCACUAUGGGGAGGGGCCCUCAAU